GCGGGGCAGCGCGCACUCGCGCGUGCGUGAGCUGGCGCGCGAGAAAGGGCCCGGUCACGCUGAGGCUUGAGCGGCCGUCGCCAUUUUGUAGGGUUCUCUCUGACGCGGGAGCCGCCGCCGCCGUCGCCGCCACCCGGAGGCUCUUGUCAGGAUGGUGAAGCUGUUCAUUGGAAACCUGCCCCGGGAGGCCACAGAGCAGGAGAUCCGCUCACUCUUCGAGCAGUAUGGGAAGGUGCUGGAGUGUGACAUCAUUAAGAACUACGGCUUUGUGCACAUAGAGGACAAGACGGCGGCCGAGGAUGCCAUACGCAACCUGCACCACUACAAGCUGCACGGGGUGAACAUCAACGUGGAAGCCAGCAAGAAUAAGAGCAAAGCUUCAACCAAGUUGCAUGUAGGCAACAUCAGUCCUACUUGUACCAACCAAGAGCUCCGGGCCAAGUUUGAGGAGUAUGGUCCAGUCAUCGAAUGUGACAUCGUGAAAGAUUAUGCUUUCGUACACAUGGAGCGGGCAGAGGAUGCAGUGGAGGCCAUCAGGGGCCUUGACAACACAGAGUUUCAAGGCAAACGAAUGCACGUGCAGUUGUCUACCAGCCGGCUUCGGACUGCCCCUGGGAUGGGAGACCAGAGUGGCUGCUAUCGGUGUGGGAAAGAGGGGCACUGGUCCAAAGAGUGUCCAGUAGAUCGUACGGGUCGUGUGGCGGACUUUACCGAGCAGUAUAACGAACAGUAUGGAGCAGUGCGCACACCUUACACCAUGGGCUACGGGGAAUCCAUGUAUUACAACGAUGCGUAUGGAGCGCUCGACUACUAUAAGCGUUACCGAGUCCGUUCUUACGAGGCAGUGGCAGCAGCAGCAGCAGCUUCCGCGUACAACUACGCAGAGCAGACCAUGUCCCAUCUGCCUCAAGUCCAGAGCACAGCUGUGACCAGUCACCUCAACUCCACUUCUGUUGAUCCCUACGACAGACACCUGUUGCCAAACUCAGGCGCUGCUGCCACCUCAGCUGCUAUGGCUGCUGCCGCUGCCACCACUUCCUCCUAUUAUGGAAGGGACAGGAGCCCCCUGCGUCGUGCUGCAGCUGUGCUCCCCACAGUUGGAGAGGGCUACGGUUAUGGGCCAGAGAGUGAGCUGUCUCAGGCUUCAGCAGCUGCACGGAAUUCUCUGUAUGACAUGGCCCGGUAUGAGCGGGAGCAGUAUGUGGACCGAGCACGGUACUCAGCCUUUUAAAAACUGGAGGUGUGAACCUCAAAUGGACUGAAUAACCUUGAGUUGGUUGCAGUCCCAGGAGCCUGAUGUUAAUGAGGCUGCCAGGAUGAAAUACUCCAGAACUGUUGGGGAUCCAAAUUCGGGUCUCACCCUAGCAGAACUGAUUCAAGAACGUCACAACUUUUGAAGUCGAUUGGCACAGAUCAAGACCAAGAUUUGGCCCUUUGUCUGUAAUAAGUAGAGGAACUUGGUGUGAGUUAACUUUUUUUUUCCCCCAGCCAUUGGUGUCUGGAGUUCCCAUCAUCAGUGGAAGAAUUAGAGAAUUUAGGAUUUCUUCUUUUGAUUUGGUAAGGGAGAUUUGGUCAAUUAAAGGAACUACUGGAAUUAUGGCUCUAAAUCUGUGACAGUAUGAUAUGCAGAUAUGUUGGAGGAUGAAUGAACCACUCCUUGAUACCCUUUGUGAUUGUGAUACCCAUUUCUGAAAAUUUGUUCACUAUGAAAGAUUAAAAAUGAGACAAAUUUAGAAGACUGCAGUUGGCCAUAUUUGAGACCUUGGCAUCUUCUGAUUGUUCUGGAUAAAUUAUGGUUCUUGAUAAUAUCUGUAUGCCCUUUGUUGCAGCAACAGUAGCCUUGUAUCACAGAAGUAGUCUUGCCUAAAAGAUUGGUGAGAAAGUGAGAAAGAUAUGUUUAUCACCAACACAGCAGUCUUCCAGAUAGACUGCUUCUUGUUCUAUAUAUAGCUAAAAGUAAACUCCUAUAUAUAGCCAUAGAAGACUCCUAGGUAAUUAUAUGGGUUGUAAGUUUGAUCCGGUCUGACUUGGAUUUGUUUUGUUCUGUUCUUUUCUUUCCCCCUGGAAUACAGGACAGGACCGGGGCCCUUGUACUCGGAGCCAAGCUGCUCUCCAGGCAUUGUGUAAGCCUCUUGUGUUGUGCUCUCUUUCAGGUAGGAUAAUUGCGGACUGAACCCUCGGGCUGCGGUCAUAUAUGAGAACUUGCUCCGCGCGGUCCCCUUUGCCGGGAUGUUUCCAUUGCUUCAUGUUUCAGUAAACAAAGGAGUUUGUGACCAACUAUGUUUUCUUUCUUAAUUUAAUUCUUCUAAGUUGACUUUUCUUUCCUCCUGAUACUAGUCUCUGUAGCCUUUCACUCUAUUCCUUAUGUUCUCAGCCUCUGAGCAGCCCUAGGUAAGGAUUAUGCUGGCAUCCCCUUUUUCCUGUACAGUGGAAUCCCUCUUAUCUUGCUUUCCUUAGGAGUUGAACCCUUCUCCCUGUCUACCUGCAACAUCUCCUUUCCCUUUAAAAUGACCAUGUAGUGGCAAGCAGCCUUUUACUCUUCUCUGUUAGCUCUGGACUCUAACAUUGAAGCUAAUCUUCUGAAACUGCUAGGACCAUUGGGGUUUUGGUGGUUGUUGUUUUGUUUGUUUUGUUUUUUUAUGUCUGACCUGUGAUCAUGGUACAGCAUUAGCUGAAAUUUAGCCUUGUUUUACUCCACUUCUCCCCCCUUUUUUUUUUAAUAUUUUGACAAAUAAACAUUUCUAACACUUAAGUAUC